UCCAGUGUGCUGCACUAGUCCUGAGAGCCACCCGCUCAGAGAAGUAGUCCAGCCACUCCACAAACAUCCAGUCUGACUCCUGCAGCUGCAGCACACACUACACUCAACCUGUUACCAAAGAUUUACUCAAUCAGCGACGUAACGCUUAGUGACCGCUUAGUAUUUUUGUGUCUGUGUUAUUGUGAGAUCAGAUCACAGCAGCGUGUUGCACCUGAGGCUCCGAGCCGGCCACAGCAGAGAUGAUGAUGAAGAUGCAGCAGCACUCGCGCAGCUUUCUGGUCCUUCUCCUCGUGGUCUCCAUCGCUGGGAUUGUUCUGUCUGGUCCCUCGACUCCCCGCAGGAGCAGAGUGCGACGUCAGAACAUGAAAGUUCGCAUCAGCACUACAGGAGACACCAUAGUGAUGAGGUUUUUGCGUCCCAACGCUGACACCAAGCUUGAGGGCUACAUCCUGGGCUACGGCAGCAGCAUGUUCUCCAAACAAUUUAUUCAGCUGCCUGAGAAUGGGCAGCCGUAUGAGACUGAAUUUGAUGCCGAGCCCAAGUACCUUAUCGCUGUCCAGCCCAUCCCGACCAAUGAGGUGAAAAAGCAGUGCACAGGUAAAGUGGAAUUGGAGAAGCCACUACACUUAGUCAUUGGGUCGGUAACACCCACUUCAGUGCUCCUGUCCUGGGGUACGCUGCUGAAAACCCCUUAUGAAGGCAACGUUAUGAAUGACUGUCUCGAGGAUGGACACUAUACAGUGCGUUAUCGUGAGAGGAACAGGAAGUGGAACUACCAGACCUGCCCAACCACUGACACGGUCAUUGACAAUCUGAAGCCCAACACAGUCUAUGAGUUUGGCGUCCAGUCCAAUUCUAAGGAUGUCACUGGAGUGUGGAGCAAGCCGGUCAAGCACAACAUCAGCAUGGCAGAGGAGGCCAUCCCAAGAAUCUUUAACCGGCCCGUCAGUUCUCCGAAACCUUUUACACCAGGUCCACACUCCUUCCCUUUUGCUCCUCGCCAUGUUCAGGAUAGCAAGACCCAGGGCAGACUGCCCCUCUCCCAGAACAUAGCCUCAAAGACAACUCUUGCUCCAACUACAACUACUAGGCAGGAAUCUCUGUCGACCCCGGGACCCACACUGCCUGUGGUCACCAAUCGGCCAAUCGACAACCCAGGAGAAGGAGAAGACCUCUCCAGAUCUGUCUUGCCUUUCUUGGAAGUACCAUUAGCCCCCAAGCUCCGUCCUCCACAACACAUUACACCCACCAUGGCAUCUGUGACAGUAUCUCAGACAAAUGUGCAUAAACAUGGAGGGCAGCCUCUGAUUCAGCCACAACAAAAGCCCCUCUCACAGCCUUUACCAAACCCACACCUCCAGCCGCAGUAUCGACCAACACCACAACCAAAGGGCCAACCCCAACAACCUCAGCGAAAGCCCCAUGCGAAAGCCCCAUGCAAAAAUUCAGCCUCUACUGAAACCCAGCCCCAGUCCACAUCCCAGCCCACAUCCCAGCCCACAUCCCAGACUCAUCCACAAUCUGAACCAAAAUCUCAGCCCAUACCCAGGACCAAACCACUACUCAAACCAACAUUUGAGCUCGUGCCCCAGACCCACCCACACCCACAACCCCAGUCAACAUCUCAGCCAGCACCCCAGACCCAACCACAAACCAAACCAGCAUCUCAACUUAUACCCCAGUCCCAACCACAACUGCAACCAGCAUCAAAGCUCAUACCCAAGACUCAACCUCACCCACAACCCCAUCCAACAUCUCAGCCCAUACCACACACACUAAGUCAAACACAACCACAGCCCAAACUCCACACCCAGCCUCAAUCACAAUCUCAGCCAAAUCCACAUUUCAAAUCACAGCCUCAAACCACAACCCAGCUCCAGGUAGAUCUACAACCUCAACCAACACCCUCACCCAAACACCAGGCCCAGCAUCAAAUACAACCUCAACUAAAGACCCAGUCCCAGCUUCAACCGCAAGUUCAACCAAAUCCUCAGUCCACACCUGUGGCACAUCCUCACACACCUCAAUUAACACCCCAGCACAUACUUCAUACCCAACAAGCACUACCAAAGAUUCACACCCAGCGCAGACCUCAAGCACAGUCUCAAUCUACAGCUCAGCCACAAACCCAAACACAACUUCAACCAAAGACCAGCUCACGGCCUCAGAUGAACACUGCGCAGCAGUCUAAGGCCCAGGUGACCGCUAAACCAAAGAUCAGUUUUUUACAACCCAAGGCCAAGACACAGCCUCAACCAAAGAGCAAACCUAAGCCACUGCCAUCACCUCAGCCAAAAAUGCAGCCAAAGUCUCAACCAAAACCUCACCCAAAGCCCCAAACCAUGGACCAACAACAAACCCAGCCAAAAAUACAGCUACAACCCCAAUCACAACCUCCAGCAAAGACCCAGACACAACCUAGACCUCUUUCUCAACCCAUUCCCCAGCCACAUUCUCCUCUUAAGACUAAGACUCAGCCCCAACCUGAAUCUCUACCCAAGCCACACCCUGCAUCUAGGCCCCAACCACAACCUCAACCUGGGCCUCCGAUUCAGCCUCAGACCAGGACCUACUCUGAUCUCACCAAGGUUACCCCAAGGCAGACAGUCCCUACGGCUCCUAGUCCACCAGAAGAGGGCAAACCUCUACCAAGACCUGCCCUGGCUACAGAGAAAGCCGGUAGUUACAAUCAUGGUCUUGGCAUCCUCAGAUCAUCUGUUGCUGAAGUCCCUCGUUCUCCCAUUAGCUCAUCAGUUCCUACAGCAAGAAGAAACACCACGCUGCUUCGCAACCGGGUUUCUUCUCACUCCACUCGCACUGGUGUCAGACAAAUAUCUUCAUCCAAGACAUUCACCUCUUCUCACAGCUCCAGCACACCUAGGGCACCUGAUGGAGUGCAUCAUAGGGACAAUGCUCUCCCUAAACCUGUGGUGAGGUCCAAAGAAAACCCUGUUCUGCAUUCCCCUAUUCCUGUCAACAAGAGACUCAACCUGGUGGGGAAACCCAGUGACUAUGAUAAAUCCAUGAAACAAGGAGACAAGGAGGCUAUCUUCAAGCCAUUCACUCUGGUCACAGCCAAGCCCAAACAAGAGCGCAGACAGCAGACAACCACCUCCGCCCCGGCAGUAAACAGCAGCCAUUUUGACAUAUAUGAAAACUCCUCCAUAUUCAGGCCCCUGCCUGCGUCAGAGGUGGACAUCAUGGGCAAGAAGCGCUUUGUAGCUCCCCAUGUGAUCUACAAGACAGAUAAGAAGCCAGAUGAGCCAUGCUCUAUCACCUCCUCCCUUGCUUAUUUUCCUAGUGAGGAAGGCAGUGAUCAGAAUGUGACGGGCCCUCCCCGCAUACCACCAUCCAACCUCACUGUGGUUACUGUGGAGGGCUGCCCAUCUUUUGUCAUUCUUGACUGGCAGAAAUCCGACAAUGAGACCAAAGAGUAUGAAGUCAGUACCACCACUAAAGGGCCGAAUGGACAGGAAGUGUCCAUACUGACGACCAACCAGACACAUACAGCCGUGGAGAAUCUCAAACCGGAGAGCAGUUAUGAAUUCAAAGUAACACCAAAGAACGAGAUGGGAACAGGACCCUCCACUGAUCCUGUAUCGUUUAGCACAGAAUCAGCGGAUCCACGUGUGAGUGAAUAUGCUUCAGGCAAAGAUGCCAUCUGGACUCAGUUCCCAUUUAAAGCUGAUGCCUACUCUGAAUGCAAUGGAAAGCAGUAUGUGAAGAGAACUUGGUACCGGAAAUUUGUAGGGAUCCAGCUCUGCAACUCGCUGAGAUACAAGAUCUACCUGAGUGACUCGCUCAAUGGGAAAUUCUACAACAUUGGAGAUCAGACGGGGCACGGUGAGGAUCACUGUCAAUUUGUAGACUCCUUCCUGGAUGGCCGGACCGGCACCCAGAUGUUGCCUGACCAGCUACCAAGCAGGCCAGGAUUCUACAGAGCAAUGAGACAGGAACCUGUCAGCUUUGGAGAACUUGGAGGAAAGUCACAUGUUACCUAUGUAGGCUGGUACGAGUGUGGCACACCCAUACCUGGGAAGUGGUAAAGCCCCAUAGAGCUGUCCAGGAGGAAGACUUCCUAGGUGGUGAGGAAGAAGAAGACACCUGUCUAGGCCUGAAGGGAGGUGGGCCUUUCUUUCAUGUUACCAUGGACACUGUGGAUGGGUCUGUCUGUUUGAACUCAGCCUACUCUCCCAGGUGUGAACUAUUAGGUGUCACAAAACUCUUUGUAACAUUGGUCUUAAUCUUUCUAUUUAUCAAAAAAUGUCACGAGGGACAAAAGAAUGCAGGAGUUUAAGUGACCCAAAAUGUCGAAUAUACGGUAAUCACAGAGAAAAUGUUGGGAAGCUGGCUCCCAAAGUGUAAUAACGUGUAUGAUAUUAUUUAUCAAGGGUUUGUUUUUGAAUAUUCUGUGUGCUCGAGCUUUUGAGAUAAGAAAGUAAAAAACUUGCACGUCAGUGAGCACACGCAUCGGUCAUUUGUAUACAGAAAGGUGCCAACCAUAAUUUCAUUGUACAUUUGGACUAUGUAAAACACAAGUACAAGCAGACAUGCAGAAUUGACCUUCUGCUGGCCCUAAGGGAUUAUUAUUAGCAGAUGCAGUUUGCACAGUAUUAACUUUUUGUUCAUAUAUGUAUAUGGUGUGAGAUACAGUACGCAUACCGCUGAUCACAGAAAGUUUGAUACAUUGAUCUGUUGUAAGAAAACCAAAAGUUUGAGCUCAGAGUUUCUAUGGAGUUGGUUGGAAACAAAAUAAUUUUGUAUUUUUAACACCUGUGCAGUCCUAUAUUUUAUAAAAGAAUAAAAAAAAAAAAAAAAAAAAAAAAAAUAUAUAUAUAUAUAUAUAUAUAUAUAUAUAUAUAUAUAUAUAUAUAUAUGUAAAAAUAGAAAACUGAGCUUCAAUGUGGAAUUGACAUAAGCAAAUGACAUGAUUUGUUUUUGUGUUCAAACUUGCUACAAAGUGUACAUAAAACUUUAAAUCAUCGGAGAGAAAUUGCAAGGGUUUUUAAACGUCAUGACAGCAGUUGUUUUUUUGAUGCACCAUGUAUGUUUCCAGCAAUAAAUCUUGUUUUUAUAUUUAGUAAUAUUCAUUUUCCAUUUGACCUCAUUGUUUUUUAUGGUAAAGGAAGGAAGGUUUUGCAUUUUGGGAAAUACCCUUAUUUGCUUUCUUCCUAAGAGUUAGAUGAGAUGAUGCGUUCUUUCGUGUCCCUAACAUUGUGCAAACUGUAUAGAUAGUGCAGACCAUUUACAGUCCACAACCUCAUUGAAAAAGAGUGAUUUCAAUUUGGCACAGACGAGAUGCAGAGUAACUAAACACAUUUCUCUGAAUUAUCUUUAAUAAACCCUGUGCACGUAAUCCCUCGCACUCAGUGAGAUGAUUUGACAUGAAAGACCAACCACAUACUCCCAUGCCACAUGUCCCAGCCAACCACAUCCC